UAGAGUAGAAUGCGCUUGGUUGCGCUCGAUAAUUUAGUUAAGUGUUCUGAUAUUUAGUUUUCUAUCUAAAUGUAGGUCGAAUUAAGUUAUUUGUGUGUUACAAUUAAUUAAGUAGUUUUAUUUAAGUGACAUGAAGUAAUUUUGUACUACAAAGAUGCCUGGAAUAAGAAAAUAUCGACGUGAUACCAGCGAAGUCAGCUGUUGUUUGAAAUAUGUUAUUUUUGGUGUAAAUGUGUUGUUUUGGUUCUUGGGUCUUAUAGUACUGGCAGUGGGCGUGUGGGCAUGGACGGAAAAGGACACAUUCAACAACCUGUCUCAGCUGACCAAUAUAGCACUGGAUCCAGCUUUCAUAUUGAUGUGUGUUGGGGCGAUCACAUUCAUAAUCGGCUUCACGGGCUGCGUCGGGGCUUUGCGUGAGAACACCUGCCUGCUGGCCUGCUAUGCGGUGUUUCUGGCGCUGUUGUUGCUGUCUGAGAUGACGACAGGAAUACUCUUUGUCUUCAAAGAUUGGAUAAAACAGCAAGCAACAACAGGUUUCCAGACCUUCAUCACGCAUUACAGAGAAGAUCCUGACCAGCAGAACCUGAUUGACUGGAUACAAGAGGAAUGGCUCCAAUGUUGCGGAGUAGAAGGCCCGCGUGACUGGGACCGCAACGCAUACUUCAACUGUUCAAGCGGCGCCGUAGGGUCACGAGAGGCCUGCGGAGUCCCCUUCAGCUGCUGCCGCAACAAGCCGCAAGACAUCAUCCGCAACAAGCAGUGUGGCUACGAUGUCCGCAAGCCGACCUAUCAAGUGAGCGAGCGCGUUAUCCACGAGCGCGGCUGCCUGGCGGCGGGCGAGGACUGGCUGCAGCGCCGCUUCGCCGUGGUGGCCGCGGCCUUCCUAGGGCCCAUCGCGCUUAAGGUUCUCACCAGUUAUGAUAUUGCUAAGAUAAUACACGAGAAAGGCUGCCUAGAAGCGGCCGAGGAGUGGUUUGACCGUAACUUGCUGGUGGUCGCUACGACCGCCGUUUGUACUACUUUUGCACACAUCCUCGGCAUAUGUUUCGCGCAAAACCUGCGCGCGGACAUAUUCGCCCAGAAGGCGAAAUGGCACUGACAAUCAGCCCCUCCUGCGGCCGUGUGACGCCCCGCGCGCGCACGCGACCCCUACGCCGCGCUCUACGACGUCGCCUGCCAUCUGGACAGGUGAACGCGAGGAGACACGACGACGCUCGCUAGUUACCUAACUUUUGGAUAGAUGGCGCUGUUGUUAACUUGAUGAUUUAGAUUUAGAAUAUCUUCAGGUGACAACCAAAACGGCCUAAACGCUGCCACGGGUACAGGAUAUACAUACCUGAAUAUGGUUGAUAUUAUUAAUAGGAGUUAGAGUUUUGGUUGUCACUUUGAUUCUGUGCGUUGUGGUUAGCCAAUAGUGUCAGUAGAAAAUUUAAACUAAACGUUCUUAAUUGAUUGAAUACAGAGUAUUUCUGGGUACAUAUUUAGUAAUAAUGCAGUUUAUUUUUGUAUACAUCGAGCGAAUCGACUUUUACCUUUUUGUAAACGGAAUUUACAACUUCAGUAUUUUAUUGAGGUUUACCAGUACAUAUCUAAUGAAUAUGGUUCUACUGACAAUAUUGCCUAGCUAAAACAAAUGUCGAUAUUUCUCUAAAUCUGUUGUUAACGCCUAAUAGUUGCUCCUUAUUAUCGUAUUAACCUAGCUUUUCUCAAACUCUUAAUAGCUUUCACAACGCAUCCUUAAAUCCUUCACUUUCACCUCUUUCCCGAAAAUUGUUAACGUUGGUGGUGAUAAAGUUUAUAAUAAAAUGUUGAUGUUGUCAUAAGAAUU